AUGGACCCUGGAACCUUUCGCUAUCAGCAUUUGUCUUCACCGAAUGCUAUUCGACUUCUGAUCUUGGAGCCUUCCAAAGACCAGGAUGAAGAGUUGCGCGGCACGCUCAUCCACACAACCCUCGAGGAUUGUGACUAUGAACUAAUUGAAGCUUAUACGGCCCUCUCUUAUGUAUGGGGUGAUCCCACCCUGACAGGAACGCUGACUCUUUCCGGUCAUGUCUUCACGAUAACAGCAACGCUUGCUGAUGCCCUGCGAGACCUGCGCGAUGACACCCGCCCACGUCGAAUUUGGGCCGAUGCCCUUUGCAUCGACCAAACCAACAUUUCAGAGCGCAAUAGCCAAGUAGGCCUCAUGGGGCUUAUCUACAGGGUUGCAGGUCACACAGUCAUCUUUCUCGGCCCCUCUACCCCGGAAACAGACAGGGUGCUUCAGUCAGCUCCUCACUCCUCAAUGAAUUUCUACCCCAGCUGGAACCAAUCGCAACGCCACGAAAUAGUUCAAGCAGCCAGGUUUGAGAUUCUCAACAGGCCAUGGUUCUUUCGUGUGUGGAUCUUUCAGGAGCUCAUCCUGUCUCGCGAUCCUUGGGUCCAAAUCGGCCGUCGUCGUGUUCGCUGGAAGGACUUUUGCCACCUUCUCUUGCACAAUGGUCCAAACUCUCUGAGUAGAGGGAAGCCCGAUGAUGGGGAAGAGCCGUUGCGGAUGUUGGACAGGAUGAAUCGAUCAUACAUCAACGGAGGCGGAGGCAACAAUGCUGGCAACAUGCUCGCUCUUCUCCAAGCAAGACGUGGUCUGGGUGCCACAGAUGCGAGGGACUUUGUGUUUGCCCACCUGGGUAUUGCCUCUGACCAGUGGAAUGUUGCACAAAGCGUACCCGUUGAUUACUGUUCUGCUCUGGGGCAUGUAUUUGCCCGAAUGGCGUUUUACAUCCUGGAGACUGAGGACGUGGAGACCCUUAUUACUCUACUCGAUCAACAAGCCGGAGUGUCCAACGGCGAGAUACCAACCUGGGCUCCUGACUGGCGUGUGGUGCCAUCCCCUUGUGCGCCAAUGUACAAGAGCAACAAACUCAGUCAUGCGCGGGUAUUGUUAGCGCCAACCCUCUUUCUCGAAAAGCAUAAUAUUCUUGGACUUGUGGGACACUCUGUGGGCACCAUCAAGGAUGUCAGUGCUACGUUUCCGAUGUCGUCUACUCUUGACCUCCAAGGCAUGGUUAGCUACCAAGCUACGGUCAGCAAGAUUGCCGCUCUCUACAAUAGCACUGGAGGAGUUUACUACAGGGGCGACUCGAGCGGCCAGCACGCAAUGGUCAGUAUUCGGAAUCGCGAGGAGGAACAUCUGGAGUUGUGCAGGGGGCUGUUUGAAGAGUGGGCUCGAUUUCUUGAGCACCUUCCGGUAACAUGCCCAACUGAUCCCCCACACCAACAUGAACAGUUUAUCGAAUCUCUUCGAACAUGGACCGAAGGGCAACUGGGGAAACCACGCAUCUUUGUCACCAGUGAAAGCAACGAUCUCAUGUACAUCAUGUGGACAUACCUACAUCCCAAAGCGACCGCGAGCAGCUUAGAUGGACGUCGACUUGCUACAACCCAUGACGGAAAGCUUGGAUUAGUUCCAGCACAGGCUCAGAAAGAGGACUGCAUUGUGAACAUUCUGGGGUGUCAAGUAGCCCUAGUAGUACGACCUGUCAAGGUCGAGCCAGAAGAGGAGAAGGGGAUUCAUGAGGAUCUAAUGUUCAAACUGAACGGCCGUCAGUCUCUUCAGGAGCCGGGUGAGAAGCAUCCCCAGUACCUUGACCGCUUGCCAAUGCACGGACCGGUGGUCGGAGUAGAGCAUUACGCUGUCAUCGGCAGCUGCUGCUUUGAUGGUGUCGACCCCUGGGCUGUCAAUCAAAUACCAAAGGGUUCAAGCCUACCAAACGAAAAGUCCUAG